AUGGCUUCAAGUGAAAGUGAUCCCACUAAUGGCGCAAACGAGAACCAUGAGCCUGAUGUUUCACUAGAUGAAAUAAGGGCAAGACUUGACGUUUUACGAAAUGACCCCGUAUUCGGAGAUGCCAUGGGAGACGUUGCGAACGAUAACCGAAUGGAUUUGAUGAGGCUCGUGAUGAUGGAACUACUGCAUGGGAAUCGACAAAAGGCCAAGACGGAGCAAGAAGAAUGCUCAAAUACGUUUAAAAGAUUCUCUGCGCAUAAUCCACCAACUUAUGACGGCAAGCCAGACCCCACCGAAUUCGAAGAAUGGCUUAACAGCAUGGAGAAGUUAUUUGAUGCCAUUCAGUGCCCUGAAAAAUGGAAAGUAAACUUCGCGGUAUUUUAUUUGAAAGGGCAAGCUGAUCUUUGGUGGAAAACCGCCAAGGGCCUGCAAAGUCAACCUGGGUUUGGAUGGGAGAAACUGAAGGAGGUUAUGAGAAACCAAUUCUACCCUCAAUCCCUGCAGCUCCAGAUGGAAUCUGAGUUCAUUCAGUUGAAGCAAAGGAACAUGUUUGUCCUGGAAUAUGAUGUUAAGUUUAACGAGCUUGCUCGAUUUGCUCCCGACCUGGUAACCACCGAUCGUUGGAGAAUGAAUUGUUUUGAAAGUGGUUUGAACUUGGAACUUCAAGAAAAGGUUGUUGCACACAUGAGCCAGUCCUACCAAGAAUUGUAUGAUAUAGCUAUCAAUGUCGAGCGAAAAAUGAAGCUUCGAAAAGAAGUAUACGAAAAUGGCAAAAGAAAAGAAAAACCCCAGGAUGGCCGAUCAAUCAACGAAUCCAACAAGAGGCUGAACAUAGGAUUCUCAGAGAACAAUCGUUAUCAAAGAUGGCCUCUCCAAUGUAGUAAGUGUGGUAAGCAAGGACAUUCGGUAAAAGACUGUCGACAAGGGACAGGUCAAUGUUUUCGAUGUGGUAAGCGAGACCAUUUGGUCUCGAAACCAAAGCGCGAACCACUACGAUGCUAG